AACAUCGCUCCUCUCCCCCACCCAUCUCUCUCUCUCUCUCUCUCACUGUGUCUGUCCUGUCUGUCUCUCUGCAAGAUCUUCCUUGCUUUUGCUGCUGCUCUCCAAAAGUAGAAUCAGACCUCUGCCUGCAGCCAUAACCAUAACUCCUCUCUCCUCUCUCCUCCUCUCAAUACCUCAGAAAUCUCAAACCCUUCUUCCCAUUUUUUCUUCUUUGCUCGUGUCUUUCCGGGUUCCUGUAAUCCGAGGUUGCUUCCCCUUCAAGAUCUUAUCUUGCUCUGCUUGAAAAUCAAGCUGAUAAAUCUCUUGAUUUUGCCAUGAAAGCGAAAUAUAAUUGGGAAAGCAGACAGUGAAAUUCCGGGCUGCGAGCAAAAGGGCCGGACAGGGUAUAUACAUUGGUUCCCCAGCAUCAUCGUCGUCAUCGUCAUCCCCCAACUGCAGCUCGUUAUAUUUGCCCCAACUUUCCCCCAACAGAGAAUACAGAACAAGGAACAGUUUUUUUCACAUUAGAGAACCCUCUGUUUUAUGGAUUCGGAGAACCCCCAGCAGCUCGGUUACGGGUUACUGCGUUUCCGCUCUGCCUCGAGCUACCUCCUCGGGGGCUUCGCCGAGACUGGCCCUGGUAAGGUGAGCCUGGGAGCAGAGGGCCUCGAGGCAGAGAAGUUCGGGUCGAGGUUCAUGGGGUUUAGCGGUGCCGAUGUGUUUGAGGAGAAGCCGAAGCAGUCGCCGGGGAUUUCACCGCGUGGGUAUUCGGGGCUGCCGCCUCAGUACCCGAGGCCGAGCUCGGGCUUGAGCUCCUCCCCUUUGGAGGGAGCUUAUACGGGUGUGGGUCCAAUGGGAGUGGAUCACCAGAGUCAACCCAAACUGAACAGCUCCAAUCUUGCAAGGCAGAGCAGCUCCCCUGCUGGCCUUUUCUCUCAGGUCUCCAACCAAAAUGGCUAUGCUUCGGUAAAAGGUAUGGGAAAUUAUAGAAUGGGGAGUGGAUUUGAUGGAGAAUUAAGUCCUCCUACAAACAGGUCGAAGGGUCCAUUCAGCUUCCCAUCUUCACUGGGGAUGUUGUCGCAGAUUUCUGAGAUCGGGAGCGAAAGCUUGGGAGAAGGUGGCCCUGACGAUUCAAGUAGGAUUGGGAUUGGAAACAGCGAGGGUAGGUUUUUAGGUUCUGGGUUCCACUUCAAUUCCUGGAACGAUUCCUCGCAUUUCUCGGACAAUUUCACCAGCCUGAAGAGAGAACGAGACAAUGAUAUAAAGCUUUUCCCCGGCAGUCAGAAUAAUGAGCUCGGCAGUCGUGGUCCCCUUCUAUCUCGCCAUCUGAGCUUGCAAAGAAGUUCAUCGGAGAUGUCCACUAUGGAGAAAUUGCUGCAGUUUCAGGACUCGGUUCCUUGUAAGAUCAGAGCAAAGCGUGGAUGUGCCACUCACCCUCGAAGCAUCGCAGAGAGGGUGAGGAGGACCCGAAUAAGUGAGAGGAUGAGAAAACUGCAAGAGCUUGUUCCCAAUAUGGACAAGCAAACAAAUACAGCAGAUAUGCUUGAUUUGGCGGUCGGGUACAUCAAGGAUCUGCAGAAGCAGUUCAAGACACUUAGCGCCAUACGUGCAAACUGCAAAUGCUUGAACAUGCAGAAUUCAGUCGCGAACAAGAUAAUAUAGAAGGCACUAGUACAGAUAAAAGAUAGGACGUAGCUCGGUUUUUGCCUCUGUCUUCUACUUACUUACGCGGGAGAAGAAGAAAGUAGGAAGCAACGGGAAACCUCAUUUAUUUCUAGUUCGUGGCCUUGGUGGAGUAGAAAUAUAUCUGUAGCUAGAGUUGUCUGCAAGAUUCUAGAUUAAGAUGAUGAAAUCUUGUAUAGAAACUCAUAAUUAAUAACGAUCAUGUCGGAAUCUGUAUUUGUCCUUGCUCAGUAAAACAAGUAGUAUCAAAGGGGUAUUGCCACAGGGCAGUAUUCAAAUUCCACGGUU